CCGCCCCUCUCCAGGCCCAGCCCUGAACAGCAGGCGCACGGAAAUGGCGGCGGCGGUGCGUGGGGCCAAGCGGAGCCUGCGAGCCGAGCUCAAACAGCGGCUGCGGGCAUUGAGCGACGAAGAACGCCGGCGCCAGUCCCUCUUCGUGACGCAACAGGUGCUGGCACACAGUCACUAUCAGAAGGCCUCCAGGGUGGCCGUCUUCCUCAGCAUGCCGGACGAGGUGCGGACGGAGGACAUCGUCCUUGACGUGUUCCGGCGGGGCAAGGCCUGCUUCAUCCCGCGCUACCGGCCGGGCAGCCGCCACAUGGACAUGGUGAGGCUGGCCUCGCCCCAGGAGCUCGCCGGGCUGCCCCGCACGGCCUGGAACAUCCCGCAGCCCCCGGAGGACGACCCGCGGGAGGAGGCCUUGGCGGGCGGAGGCCUGGACCUCAUCUUCAUGCCGGGGCUGGGCUUUGACGGUAGCGGCCGCCGGCUGGGCCGGGGCGGAGGCUACUACGACGCCUACCUGAGGCGCUGCCGGGAGCAGCAGGCCGCCCGGCCCUACACGCUGGCCCUGGCCUUCCGGGAGCAGCUGUGCCCGCAGGUCCCUGUGGACGAGGACGACGAGCCCGUGGACGAGGUCCUGUACGAAGGGUGCCGGGCGCCAGGCGCGGGGGCCGCCGCAGGGGCCCAGCCUGACACCGCGUCGGAGUGAGGUGGACCGUCCAUGUUCCCGGCUCCUGCGAGUGGUCCUGCGAGGCUCGGGGUCUCGGGGUCUUGGGCGGAGUGUCCUGUGUUAGAAAGCGUCUCCCUCCCUCUCCCCCGUCCACCGUCUCCGUCUCCCCCUCUCUGGUCUCUCCCUUCUUCUCAAGUGGAGACAGUGAGAGGAUGAAAGAGGCCACAGACCAAAGCCUCUUCCAGUGCAGGGGGCCGGGCUGGACCCGGGUCACGGCAAAGCAAUGUCCAGGUGAGCCACCUUGCCGGGCCUGCGGCGGGAGACAGCGCGGUGGUUCUGCAAACAGACGCUCCUGCCUGCGCCUCUGAGGUUCCGGGUUCAGUUCCCAGCACCGCCAUCAGCCACAGCUGAGCUGGUCUUUGGGGAAAUGAUGAUGAUGAUGAUGAUGAUGAUGAUGGAGCUAGGGAGACAGCAUAAUGGUUUUGCAAAAAAGACUAAUAAUACUGGGGCUGGGGAGAUAGCAUAACAGUUUUGCAAAAAAAAGACAAUAA